AACAGAUAAACAAAAACUGGGAAAAGAAAUUCUAUAUUCUCAGGAAUAGCUUCCAUGUCCUUAAAGAUGAGAUGUUUACUAGGCACACAUUGUUUCGUCAGUUUGCAGUGCUUGCUGAUACAUCCUUCAAUUAUAUUAAAUUAAAACCUUUAUUUGUGCAGUCUAAAAUGAACUUGAUAGCAGGUUCUACAUCUUCUGGAAGUGAUCACACACCUUUGAUCGACAAGGACAUGGAUGUAGUCAGUGAUCAGAUAUUUUUCUCCCCUUUAUCAAAAGGAAGGUUGUCAGAAAUGCUGGAGGAAAAGCCUUUGGAGAAGCCAUCGAUACCCCAGAACACCCCAGUGAAUGAUAUGGAUGCUACUGAGUAAUGGGGCAGGGCACUGGGCUGCGCAGAGUGGACCCACAGAGCGGGCCCUCCCCCUGCCGGCGUAAGGCCUGCCUCCCUAAGGGAUACUACCACCCAGGCCUUUCUAACAUCACAGGUCUGUCUCCCCAGAUGAUGUAGACUCA